GAAGGGACGUUCGUUGAGACAACUUCGACCUCUCCUACCUCCGCGGGGAUAAUGGUACAGUCCAAUCCUGCAGCAAGGAGCAAGCAGCCUUUGCCUCGCUGUUUCCGCAAGGCGCUUGCAGGCUCGUUCCAAACACAUGUUGACUGGGACCGGGUCCACAGAAAGCCUUGGCAUGAGCAUGGUUGUGCCUUUUAGUUUAGAGAAGCUACAAAGGCUCUAAAGCAGAGAUGUUUUUGGCAUGCCCAAAAUACUCCCAGGAGACAGCACAGCUCAACAAGUUUUGCCUCUACCUGUCACCAGUGAGGGGUCUAAACAAAGAAACUGGGGCAUCCUGCUCACUGGUGUUAUUGGUGGAACAUUAGUGGCCCUUUACUCUGUCGUCACCCCGUUUAUCGCUCCAGCACUGAGAAAACAUUGCCUUCCAUUCGUACCUGCGACUUCGAAGCAGAUUGAAAAUGUCCUAAACCUGUUAAAGGGCAGAAAUGGUUCCCUAGUUGACAUUGGAAGUGGAGAUGGACGCAUUGUAAUAGCAGCUGCAAAAUUGGGAUUUAAAGCCGUGGGCUACGAAUUAAAUCCUUGGUUGGUGUGGUAUUCAAGGUACCGUGCUUGGAAAGAAGGAGUUCAUCAAGAUGCCAGAUUUUACAUUUCAGACUUAUGGAAGGUCAGUUUUUCCCAGUACACCAACAUUGUUAUAUUUGGCGUACCUCAAAUGAUGCUGCCGUUGGAGAAGAAACUUGGGGAAGAACUCCCACUAGAUGCCCGGAUUAUCGCCUGUCGUUUUCCUUUUCCCCACUGGAAGCCAACUCAUAAUUUUGGAGAGGGCAUAGACACUGUGUGGGCAUACGAUUCACAGUCUUUCAAAAUGAAAAAAGAAAAUGAUACAGUUAACACAAAAUCCAGUGAUCCUCAUUAAAUUAAGACUCCAAAAGUCUUGUUCCAAUGGGUUUGAAUACUACAUGUAGGCAUUUUGUAGAUUAUAUUAUUUAUCUUAUAUUUUGGGGGCAACAGGAUUAGUUUUGCUUUGUUUUUUUAACACCAGAAAUUCUUGUAUCUAGUACUUUUUAUAACUCAAGCCAAACGUCAGUGUGAAAUACACACACACAUUUCCCUGUUCAUUUGUCAGUGUACAUGAUCUAAUAAUGUACAGUGUUAGUUGUCCCAUGAUCUUUGGACUUCAUAGAAUAUGCACUGAAUUGAAACAGUAAAUUACAGAAUUGUAAUGUACCAAUGUUAAAAUGAAAUUGCAAAAUACAUUACAACUAUACGGAAAUUUAAUAAAAUAUGUUUUAUAAUA